AUGCCCUCUGGUUCUGAUAGUCCCUCCUCAGAAGAUACUCCUUCUCCGUGCGCACCUGCAACCAUCCUAACAAAUGCAGACAUUACUUGUGGUGAAUCGUCUUCCAGUUUGUGUCAGGAUGCAGCAGCUGUGACCAGUGGUGACAGGUUAUCUGCCAGUGGAGAAGAUGAGGAUGAAUCAUUCGCUGAGAGUGAGUUCGAGAACACGGACGAAACUCGCGAUGAGAAGACAUGGAUCCGUCCUGAUUUGACCAGCCGAUGCACUUGGAAGCUGGGUACACCAAUUUCAGAGUCACCUCAUAGCCGCUCAGCACGAACCAAGCCCGCCAGCAUCCUCUCCAGCAUCCUAGAGAAAAUUGGACACACACCUCUCGUUCGCUUGAACAAAAUCCCCAAAGAGUUUGGGCUCAAGUGUGAUAUUUUGGCCAAGUGUGAGUUCUUCAGUGCAGGAGGCAGCGUGAAAGACAGGAUUGCCCUACGCAUGGUGGAGGACGCUGAGAGAGCCGGGAUCCUCAAACCAGGAGAUACGAUCAUUGAGCCCACCUCCGGAAACACAGGUAUUGGCCUCGCCCUCAUAGCUGCAGUAAAGGGCUACCACUGCAUUAUUGUUAUGCCUGAGAAGAUGAGCAUGGAGAAGGUGGAUGUACUCAGAGCUCUUGGGGCUGAGAUUGUCCGCACACCCACAGCUGCAGCUUUUGAUUCACCAGAGUCCCAUAUACGUGUGGCCUGGUGUCUAAAGAAUAAGAUCCCCAACUCGCACAUCCUUGACCAGUAUCGGAAUGCAAGCAACCCCCUGGCUCACUACGACACCACAGCUGAGGAGAUACUGGAGCAGUGCGAGGGUAAGUUGGACAUGCUGGUGGCUGGAGCCGGCACUGGUGGCACACUCACUGGUGUUGCUCGAAAGUUAAAGGAAAGAUGUCCCAAUGUCAAGAUAGUUGGUGUGGAUCCUGAAGGGUCUGUUCUAGUUGGCUCAGAAGAGGGGAAUAAAAAGUUUCCAUUUGAAGUGGAGGGCAUCGGAUAUGACUUCAUCCCCACAGUAUUGGACAGAUCUAUUGUUGAUGUGUGGUACAAAUCAACUGAUGCAGAAACGUUCCUUAUGUCACGCAAACUGAUCAGAGAGGAGGGUCUUUUGUGCGGCGGCAGCUCUGGCUCAGUGAUGGUGGCAGCUGUGAAGAUGGCUCAGCAGCUGGAGGAGGGACAGCGUUGUGUGGUCAUCCUGGCCGACUCUGUGCGCAACUACAUGUCAAAGUUCCUGAGGGAUCAGUGGAUGUGUGAGAAAGGCUUCCUCUGCAUGGAUUCUCAAACGGACCUAAGACCCUGGUGGUGGAACCUGACUGUCCAGAGUUUGUACCUGUCUGCCCCCCUCACUGUCACACAUUCUGUGUCUUGUCAAAAAGCCACAGAAAUCCUAAAGGAGAACGGUCUGGAUCAGGUACCGGUUGUCACUGAGUCAGGUGCGAUCCUGGGGAUGGUGACUCUGAGGACCGUUCUGUCCUCUCUGUUGGCAGGAAAGGUUGACCUUUCAGCUGCUGUUAGCACGGUGCUCCUCAAGGACUUCAAAUCGGUGCACUUGACAGACAGCCUGGGGAAGCUUUCUGAUAUCCUCAAAACUGAUAACUUCGCCCUCGUGGUUCACCAUCAGAUCCAAUACGAGGCCGAUGGGUCAGCCCUCCAGAGGCAGAUUUUAAUUGCCGUUGUGACGGCGAUUGACCUUCUCACCUACAUCACUGCACACGAGGGGCAGGACCGCUCUCCAUCUGAGCGCGAGCAGGCGAGCAGGCAGGAGUCAGGCAGCGCAUCCCAGUGACCGUGUGCUGUUUAACACGGAUUUUGCUGCCUGCUCACAGAGAGCACGUGAUCUCCUGCAGUUUCAUCGAAAUCAUAACAUAUACCACCGUAGAGAGGAGGGAGGAGUGGUAAAAAAUUGAGAUAAGAAAACACAUUGCUGCUGUUGCUACAGUGAUGAAAAAAUUGAAAAUAUUGUCAUCAUUUUUUUUUUCUUGAAAAGGAAAAUGUGUGCAGUGAAAAGACAAAGUAUCUGCUUCUUCUGUAGAGAU